AUCUAAAAUUAAUAAAACCGAAGUAUUUGAAGUUAUUCAGACUUUUCGUAACCGCCUGUCUGCACCAGUUAGCAGGUGGCUACUUGUCGGUCCGUGGUGGUAGCGGGCCUCAGGCAGCGCUUAAACCGAUGAAGAGAGUCCAGAGCCGGGCACGGGCCUCAGCAUCGCUCCGCAGGCAGGCAUGCAGCAGCCCAACUACGAUUUCGCCAGUGAGGAGAACAGUCCCAAAUGGAGAGGCCUAUUCGUACAGGCGCUCAGAAAGGUACAGUUACAGGUGCAUCCCAACCUGUCGGCCAAAGAAGAUGCACUGCAGCACAUAGAGGAACUCAUACUACAGCUACUCAACAUGCUGUGUGUUAGCCAACCCAGAACCGUACCAGAUGUAGAGGAACGAAUCCAGAAGACGUUCCCGUUCCCUAUAGACAAAUGGGCGAUGUCUGAUGCCCAGUCAGCCAUAGAAAAGCGAAAACGCAGGAGCCCUCUGCUACUUCCUGUAGACAAGAUCCAUCCUUUACUGAAGGAGGUGCUCGGCUAUAAGAUCGACUACCAUGUUUCUUUGUACAUUGUGGCUGUGUUGGAGUACAUCUCAGCCGACAUCCUCAAACUCGCCGGGAACUAUGUGGGAAACAUCCGGCACUAUGAAAUCAGCCAGCAGGACAUUAAAGUCUCCAUGUGUGCCGAUAAGGUACUGAUGGACAUGUUUGAUCAGGAAGAGGUGGGCUUGGUGUCUCAGGGUGCAGAUGAGGACUCCAAAGGUGAGCUCACCUACGAUGACCUAGUGAGGUUGGAGAUGGCUGAGGAGCGGCAGUACCUGCGUGAGCUCGACCUCAUCAUUAAAGUGUUCCGCAAAUCCUUUACCAACAGUAAAUUGUUCACUCUGCAGGAUGUAGAGCUGGUAUUCAGUAAUAUCCUGGAGGUUCAUGAGCUGAUGAUGAAGUUGUUAGGUCUGAUUGAGGAUGCGGUGGAGAUGACAGAAGAUGGAAGUCCUCAUCCUCUGGUUGGAAGCUGCUUUGAGGACCUUGCUGAGGAGCAAGCUUUCGACCCCUAUGAGACCCUGUCUCAGGACAUUCUCUCCAAAGAGUAUCACGAUCACUUUACUAACCUCAUGUCCCGUCCCACUGUGGCUCUGCACUUCCAGUCGUCAGCUGAAGGAUUUAAGGACGCAGUGCAGUAUGUUCUCCCCCAGCUGAUGAUGAUUCCUGUGUAUCACUGUAUGCAUUACUUUGAGCUCCUGCAGAAAUUGCAAGAUCGCAGUAUGGACAAUGAUGACAAGGAACAUCUGAAACAAGCCCAAACUGCAUUACUGAACCUGCAGAGCAGCAUCGAGCGAAUCCACAGCAAGCACCAGCCCCGCCGUAAACAUGGUGAGCCUCUGUAUCGGCUCUACAGCCGACCGGUACGCAGUAAACAGCUAGCGAUAAAGCGCAUGAACGAGAUCCAGCGCAGCAUCGAUGGCUGGGAAGGUAAAGACAUUGGCCAGUGCUGCAGCCAGUUCAUCAUGGAGGGGCCGCUGGUGCGCGCCGGGGCAAAGCACGAGCGCCACAACUUCUUGUUUGACGGCCUGAUGAUCAGCUGCAAGGCCAAUCAGAGCUCACGGCUGAUGGGAGCAGAGUUCCGUCUGAAAGAGAAGUUUGUGCUGCGUAAAUAUCGCGUGGUGGACCGAGAAGACUCAUCUGAGUUGCGCUUCGCCUUUGAGCUUUUGGGUCGAGAGGAUGGCGGGGCCGUGUUCUGCGCCCGCUCAGCCGAGGAGAAGAACGCCUGGAUGGCUGCGCUCCUGACGCUGCAGUACCGCUGCACUCUGGAGCGCAUGCUGGACGCUGAGCUGCAAAAGGAAGAGCAGGAACAGCCGCUCCGCCUCCCUUCCCCCGAAAUUUACCGGUUUACUGUCAAAGACUCUGAGGAGAACAUUGUGUUUGAGGAGCACACACAGAGCAAAACGGGCAUCCCCAUCAUCAAAGCGGGUACUGUGGAUAAGCUCAUCGAAAGGCUCACGUACCACAUGUAUGCAGACCCAAACUUUGUACGCACUUUCUUAACAACGUACCGCUCAUUCUGCAAACCACAGGAUCUCCUCACACUGCUUAUUGAGAGGAUUGAGAUUCCAGAGCCAGAGCAGUCAGAGGCGGAGCUUGAGUCUAUGUGGAAUGGGGAUCAGCCAAUGGCAGCCGAGCUUCAGAGAUUUCGAAGAGAAUAUGUACAGCCUGUUCAGCUCAGGGUUUUAAAUGUGUUCCGUCAGUGGGUGGAACAUCAUUUCUACGACUUUGAAAAUGAUCCUGAACUGCGCAACAGACUGGAGGAUUACAUCACCAACACCUUGCAGCUCAGAGGGAAGUCCAUGCGUAAGUGGGUGGAAUCUAUCAGUAAGAUUAUUAAGCGCAAGAUUCAGACGCAGCCGAACAGCAUCAGCCAUAACAUUACCUUUGAGUCUCCGCCCCCUGCCAUAGAGUGGCACAUCAGCCGGCCCGGCCAGGUUGACACCUUCGACCUUAUGACCCUUCACCCCAUGGAGAUUGCUCGCCAGCUCACUCUGCUUGAGUCCGACCUGUACAGGGCUGUACGUCCUUCUGAGCUGGUGGGCAGUGUUUGGACUAAAGAGGAUAAGGAGAAGAACUCCCCCAAUCUGCUGAGGAUGAUCCGACACACAACCAACCUCACCCUGUGGUUUGAGAAGUGUAUAGUGGAGGCGGAGAACCUGGAGGAGAGAACAGCGGUACUGAUGAGGAUUAUUGAGAUUCUGCAGGUGUUCCAGGAGCUUAACAACUUUAAUGGGGUUUUAGAGAUUGUUAGUGCAAUCAACUCAGUACCAGUGUACCGCCUGGAGCACACCUUUGAGGCUGUCCCUGAGAGGAAGAAGAAAAUUUUGGAGGAAGCAGUGGAGCUUAGUAAAGAUCAUUUUAAAAAAUAUCUGGCCAAACUCAAAUCCAUCAACCCCCCCUGUGUGCCUUUUUUUGGUAUCUAUCUGACCAACAUCCUGAAGACUGAGGAGGGGAAUCCAGACUUCCUGAGGCGUCACGGUAAAGAGCUGAUAAACUUCAGUAAAAGACGUAAGGUAGCAGAGAUCACCGGAGAGAUCCAGCAGUACCAGAACCAGCCAUACUGUCUCCGGGUAGAACAAGACAUUAGGAGGUUCUUUGAAAAUCUGAACCCAAUGGCCAAUAUGGGUGAGAAGGAAUUCUCAGAUUACCUGUUUAACAAAUCUCAGGAGAUUGAACCUCGCAACUGCAAACAGCUUCCACGCUUUCCCAGGAAGACAUUAUACUCUCUGAAGUCACCGGGUAUGCGUCCACAGCGGCUGGUAAGCGUCAGUGUGAUACGUGGACAACCUGCACCUUUGGAGCGUGACCCUCUGUCUAAAAUCACCUAUAGAAGCAUUGCGGAGACUGAGACAGAAAGCAUGACGUCACUGCCCACAUCCCCAAAUACACCCACCCAGACCCCUCCGCCCUCCGCCUGCUCCGACCUCAACUCUGUCUUCAUGGAGCAUGACGGUGUGUGUAAUAACAGCAUAUUUGCUCCUGUUCUGCUGCCGGCAUCCAGCAAGUCUUUCUCCAAGUUUCACUCAGUGUCGUGUGGAAGUCUGCACCAGCUGGGUGAUGAGCUUCUCAAACCUCCACCACUACCUCCACGUAGGAAAGAUACAUCCUCCGAGAACAAGUUGGGUUCCAGGUCAGACAGUCCUCCAGCAAUUCCUCCAAGAUUGCGCACUCCUGUUCCUACUCUUCCUCGUUUUCCUCGGUCAGCAAGUGAUCAGCCGGACGGCCCUUUGAGCCCCCCUCCACCUCCACCCCCCCGUGACCCCAUUCCAGAGGCGUUGCCCCCAGUGCCUCAGCGCCCUCCAGAGAGCUUCAUUAACUGCCCCAUGAACCCGGCUGUGUCUCCCGGGGGCCGAAUGCAGUGGGACUUCAGCAGCAUACCCUCGUCCCCUUGCACUCCACCGGGCACCCCUUCGCCCCGCCUCCCCCUGCCCACCCCAGGCACCCCAUCCCCUCGAGUGCCACGACGUCUUGUCAAUGCUUCCUGCACCACUUCAGGCUCUUCUGCGCUCAGCCUGUGCCAUCUACCCCCUCCUGUUCCACCAAGGCACAACUCCACCCCCCCAAUGCUGCCCAAACUGCCCCCAAAGACUUACAAGAGAGAGCUUUCUCACCCCACCCACACACUAGCUCCGCCCACACUCACACAGCCGUCCAUACACACUGUGUUCGACAGUGACCAGUGAGAAUGGUCAGCAAGUGUGUGUGUGUCCUACAUUUGGCAAGUGAUCGGUAUAUAUGGGUCAAAAAGGCAGAGCUUACAUUACAUGUGAUUGACCAAUCGCAAACCAUUAUGACAUUACAACACUUAGCUACUGGUUUUAAUGACACAAAAGGGCAAAUACUGGGUGAAGUAGUCAAAACUUUUACUCAAUUAAAGUAUGCUUAGUUUGAAAAAUAAACGUAAAACAUAAUAGUAUUGUAAAAGUAUAGUAAAUAUAUCCCAUAGGACAAUAGGUGAGCGUUACUUGAAACACAGAACCAGUUUUAUCUUUCCAAACAAACAGUGAUGCUGUGUACUGUAAAUGAGUGGAGAUAUACCAUGAUCUUAAAAAAGUUCUAGUUCCUGAUUGGCUGGCAGGUGUGCAGUAAAUGACAUCAAUCACAUGGCACAGGUUCAAUCUGAUCAUUUAACAUUUGCUCCAGUGCAGUAAAGAAAGAGGUUCAAAUAAGUUGUGACUGCUGCAUUAGACCAAAACCCAAACAGCUUCUUGUGCACUACAUCCACUCGCCUUGCUGUGAGCUUUAGCUAGCUACUAAAUGUCGCUUAGCAUCUUCUGCGGUUAUGUUACUCCCAGCUAGGCAAAGCUGACCAGAUUACUAGCUGACUAGUCUUGCUUUAGUUGCAGUCAGUAUUUUAUUUUAUACUUUCACAAACAUCCCAGCGAAUAUACAGGUAUUUAUGUGUUAGUGAAGACAACACGAUUGAGGUUACGAUUGGCUGAUUGACUGUAAUUUAAGCCCUGCCUUUGUGGACCCACAUAUCUAUCACUGAGCAAAACAAGGACAUGUCUGUGUGCACGUGUGAGAUCAAAGUGAAGCAACGACUUUUUAAUCACUGCUCGUUAACCAAGUGGAUUUUUAGAGACUAAGAUAAAACUCCAGUGCUGUCCAAUCAGACCGGGCUGACAGUGAUGUCACCAGCCUAACAGGCAAUGAGAAUGCAGGGGGGUACAAACGAACUAUUUGUGCUGCAGCUUUUUUACCGCAGCCAAAGUCUUAACCAAUUCACCCACCAUGCCUCUUACGCUGCCUUUUACUUUACUCACAGCCAUGACCUUUGAACUGUGACUGAAACUCGAACUCAGAGCCAAGGCUGUGCCCGUUUGGAUAGACCGGGCAUGCUGAUUACAACUGAUCAUCAAAGGCUGAAUGUCUAUUUUAAAGCCAUGUAAAAGCCGAAGAGAGAGAGAGACUAUGAUUUCUAUCAUGCAACUUGGACACUCUUCAAUGAUUGGCUGUUGAUGGGGAGUUUGUUCUCAUGGCCUGAUGACAUCAGACGUGCCUUUACACUGUUACCGAACAAAAGCAAACUGAAAUACAGCUGUGUAACGCUUAGAACAAAAUGUACACUACAGUAUGAGUGAGUGAGAGAGUGAGUGAAUUUACUAAUGAGUAUUCUGUACAGUGUUUUUGUGCCCUCAUGCCUUUGUUUAGCGCUACUCAAACCCAAAACACAACACACCGCCUUAAUAACAACACAGACAAUCGUAGCAUCAUCCACAAUGCGCUCACACACGCAAACACACACACAUUACAUUUCCAUCCACAUGUUUUAUUCAUUAUGAAAAAUUCAUUAUUUCACUUUUGAACUUACCACAUGAGGUGGUACUGAAUAUUUGUUGUUAAAAAAUCUAAAUUAUGGUCAUCUUAAUCUAACUGCAAACCUUUUGGCCACUACCAAACCUUGUGGCUGCAUCCCAAAUCACACAACAGUGUACUUAACUUGGUGUACUAUCUAUUGGACACUUUAAUUACGCUUGACUUAAAAAUAAAGUGUGCACUCCUGAACGGCAUAGUGCUGCUCUAAAUAGCUUAAUGUGGCCGUGACUGCAUCCCAAAUCACAUACUAGUGUAUUAAGAGUUACUAAAUAUAGCAUAGGGUGUCCACACAGACAUGGUUGGCUAUGUGAGGGGUCCAAACAGCCUAGCCAUUGGGAGGUGCCGGUUUCACUGCCGGUUUCAAGCCCAGAUAAAAUUAGUUGGGUUGCAUAAGGAAGGGCAUCUGGCAUAAAACUGUACCAAAUCUGGUGUGAAGACCUGAAUAAGUCACUGUGGCAGUGCCUAAAUAAGGUAGCAGCUGAAAGAGGGGAAACAUUUUGCCUUAGUACCUAUUUCUUUACAUUUUUACAUCCUGUUCGGCAUGUCCUGUUUACUACUGCACCUGCAACCUUUGCUGCAUGCACUGCAUCCAGACUGGUCAAGGUGGGCUGCAGGUUGUACACGUCUCAUCUGACAUGUGUAAAGCCAGGGCCGCUUCUUUUCUACGGAGACUGGUGGAUUCUUACAGGGAGCUCUAAGAUGUAUGGUGAAACACCCUACUUUUUCUGUCUUCCUCCACUACUCUUACUGAUACCUUAACCAGCCAGCAGGAGGCACCGUUGCUGCAGCAAGGAGGAGAUUCACCAUCUGGCCUUUCUUACUCGAACACUCGUAUUUAUGCUGUUGCCUUUUCACUGUGGCCAAAGUCUUUUUUUAAGUGUAAGUUCUUGUUACACUUUUACUUUUUUCACAGCCAUAACCUACUACUAAUAAUGUGAACUCAGACACAAGGCUGUGUCCGCUUGGCGCUGCUAAGACUUUAGAGCGCUGCACCACCCAAAUGCCAUUUGCCUUAUUUAAAAUGCCAAAUGAUAGUACGAUAUGAGCAUGGAAACUGGUGUACUGGUGUAUAAAACAAUGCAUUACCAUAACAAACACCAGGAGAAUCAGGGCUGCUAAAUGUGACAAAAUAUUUAAACAUACUAUGUAGUCCAAUAACAUACGGAUUGGGACGCGGCCUUGCAGAGACAGGAGCACAAUUUGUCCCGUUCUAAAUGGUACUGCAUAUCAAGGGGUUUUCAUCCGAGUGGAACAAUUUCACUCUAGUCCGCUGCCUGUGGCUGUGUUCCAAAUCACUUUUUAUUUACAUAUUAGGGUACUACACAGUUACCAAAAAUGUCAGUAUUUAGGAUGGUACCAUUAAUAGAUUUGUGCCAUGGUGCAUCACGUUCUUGCUGCUAGACAGAUACAACAAAGCUUUUGGUCACUUCAAAUAGCUGUGUCCCAAAUCACAUACUAGUGUUCUAAAUCUGAUGCACUAUAAUUCAGACACUCCCUAUGGAUCACAGUACAACACACUACUAGAUCUUAAACUGCACAUUACCUACAAACACAGCACUGCACCAGAUAGCUUUAUGAUGGUGGCUGUGUCCCAAAUCACAUACUAGUGUACUAAACAGAAUAAGCAUGUGGAUGGAAAAACAGUCCAAAUAUUUUCUCUCACACUUUUGCCUGUUACAGAUGAGCGCUGAUGGGCUGCCAUGCAGUAUGUGUGUGUGUGUAUGUAUGCGUGCUUGAAUAUAAUUUGGGGCCUUCUUAUUUGUUUAAUUUGCACUUUAGGGCAGUACUGUUAACGAGAUGUGCUCAGGUCAGCUGACCCCGCUGCCGCUCUAUAAUUUACCAUUUUUACUACAGUCAGGCUGUGUUCCAAAUGCCUCAUAGUGCCCAAUGUGCCCUUGUUCUUGUGCCCUUAAAACUCACUAUUCACCAACAGACCUGAAAUGAUGUAUAUUUAAGAGCCGUGAUCUGCCAAACAGUCUAAUUAUUAAUGAAUAAUCAGCCCAACCACAUGUUCACUACUUAGUGGCCAUCUUUCUAGUGCCUUUUUCUGUUCACUUGCCAUUUAGUGCCCUUGCAUGCCCAGUAAUUCUUCUCUUUAAAAAAAAACUUAAAAUCUUAACCAGUUUGCAUGCACAGUUCCCUCCUUUCUAUGAUCUAGUGCCCUUGUUUAGAUUGAUUUGGGACACAGCCUGUCUCCCCAUGCCUCUCAAAUGGACAAUAGCUUCUGAGGAGCUGGAAGUGUUUUAUUUCAGUCUCCCGGUAUUAAUCAAGUCCCCUCAAUUCCCGGCCUUAUUAGAUUUGGAGUGGAUUAUUAAUGAUGUCACAUCAAAUACAGCUUGUUUCCCAUCAUGCCCGUGUGUGUGUAUGUGUGUGUGUAUUUGUGUGUAUGCGUUUUUUUUGGGGCAUGGUCCUCUAUCAUGUUCUCAUUGGGACUCAUUAAUAAAACAGCCAGUCUUAUUUUGUACAGAC